GCUAGCUGACUUCGCCUGUUUGACUCUCCUUCCUCCAAACUGUCGCAAGGACCGCCAGCUCGGCAAAAUUGUGGGCAUCACACCGCUACCUUCAUCUCCUUUUACCUGCAAAAUAAGGAUAAACAAUGGCUGCCAAAAUCAAAGCCGGGUCUGUGGUGGAGAUGCAGGGUGACGAAAUGACCCGGGUCAUCUGGGAGCUUAUUAAGCAGAAGCUCAUCUUCCCCUACCUGGAACUUGACUUGCACAGUUAUGACCUCGGAAUGGAGAACCGUGACGCUACGGACGACCGUGUGACGGUGGAGGCAGCUGAGGCGGUUAACAGAGUUCCAGAAACCCCCCGCAAUAAGUCUCUGCUCUGUAACUUUGGGUGGUGGAUUUCUAAAGCAUUGACAAUUCCUUCAACAUGUUCCCCACAGUACAAAGCCACCGAUUUUGUGGUUCCCGGACCGGGCAAAGUGGAGAUGAUCUACACGCCUGUAAGCGGAGAGCAGGUCAAGUUCGUCGUCCACAAUUUUGAAGGCACUGGCGGUGUUGCAUUGGGGAUGUACAAUACGGACAAAUCCAUCAGGGACUUUGCUCACAGCUCCUUUCAAAUGGCUCUGGUGAAAUGCUGGCCUCUGUACCUCAGCACCAAGAACACCAUUUUGAAGAAGUAUGAUGGACGAUUCAAGGACAUUUUCCAGGAGAUCUAUGAGAAGGAAUACCGUGCUCAGUUUGAGGCCAAAGGUAUUUGGUACGAGCACCGUCUGAUUGACGACAUGGUGGCCCAGGCAAUGAAGUCAGAUGGAGGCUUCAUUUGGGCCUGCAAGAACUACGAUGGAGAUGUACAAUCCGACUCAGUGGCUCAAGGUUGGUACGAUUGACCCGUGUUCCAUAUAACAGCAAAACAAAUCUGAAAUGCAGCAACAUGGCUUUUCAGUAUUUAGGUUACAGCUACUACACCAGGGUAUGAUGACCAGCGUGUUUGCUUCCACAAAUACAUGUGUUAGUAUGGAG